AUGAAUGAAGCGGCUAGGAUUUUAGAGGCGAUUAGAGAGGUCAUUUCAGUGAGGGAGACUAAGGUGAAGCUCGGUGGCUAUGGUGAUCUUUGGGUAAUGGAGGAGAUGGACCAUGGAGCUGGUGUUGUGAAGCUAUGGCUGCGAGGCUGGGCAAGUGAAAGUGCUGGUUUGAUCAUCUUUUGGAUAGCUAUAAGCAUCGGGGCACCUGUCUUUGAAGAACUUGGAGAAACUAGUUGGACCACAACUUCCAGGUCCACCAGUGGUGCAACAAUAUUGAUUGGUCUUAAAAACCAUACAUGGGUUGUUGCAGCCACCAGUAGCCCGCAACACAAUAGGGCACUGACCGUUGAUAUCGACGGCACACUGGAUUCCUCGACAGGCAUUGGAGGUUGGACUAAAGUCCAGUGGGAUGUUGAACCCAUCAACAAGAGAGAUAUCGAGAUAGUCUAA